CUUCACCUAUAUAAAGGAGAUUAGGCAUGUCCUGAAUUUAUUCCAGGCGUGUCAGAUUAUUCUUUACACACUCCAGUAGGAGAAAAAGUACAGAAUGAAUUCUUUUCUGGGAUAUGUCUGUGUGCUCUCAGCUAUAGUAGGAACAGGUAAUUAUACAUAUAUAUAUAUUUAUAUUGGAAUACAUUGUAAAAAUAAUAAAUCAACUGAACUAUUAAUGUGAUUAUUUUAUUGUUACGAGUCUGUAGACUUAGGUAAAGCUAAAUCACAUCUAUAGGAUAGAAAAUACAAUGAUAAAUAAUAUAUUAGUAUGUGAUUUCUUUAACACUUUUGAUGCCAGAAAGGUGUGGAACUCAACAGGUUAAUCUUUGGGAGGUGUUUGCUAAGCAGCAAAUUGUGAAUUUGCAACAUCAUUGCAAAACAUUGACCAGAAUUGUAGAGUUUUAGAACAAAGACUUUGGGGGAAUUCGGUGUUUAGUAAAUAUCCAGUGUCAGUCAAAUAUCUUUAAACGGCCCAAAAAUUUGAUUUGAGCUAUUUGUAUACUUUUGUAUUCAUUAAUCGGUUUAUGAAUGUAUUUAAUGAAAUUUAAGUAUUUAAUGAAAAUCAAUCUGCAAUGAAUCAAAAAUGUAUUUGAUAUUGUCACUGCCAAAAAAAUAAAAAAAAUAAAAUUUGACCUUAACAUAUUCAUGUGCUAAUGGAUUCCUCUCCAUGUUUUUAAUACACAUAUUAAAUGUUUUAAACAUUGUGAAAGAGAAAUAUAAACUUGUAGAAUCCCCCAAAAUACAUGUUAUUUUCUUAAUGUUAUUAAUGUAUUUUUUUUUUAUUAAAAAUGCUAAUUCCCUUACACCCAUUGAACUAUAUUUCAAACAGAUACAAAAUAGAAACCGGCGAUCAUAUUGUCUAAUAUUUUGCUAAAAAAAAAAGAUAAGUUCUUCUAUAACAGAGUUAUUCACUAAAGUGAGAAUUGAGGGGAAUUCAAUGUGAAUUUCAAAUUUAAGGUCUAUAUAGCCAACUCUAAACAGAAUCAAUUUGGAGACUGUAUCUAAUUUGGUUAUUUUAUCUUAAAUUUUGAAAUUCACUUUCAAUUCACUUUGUAUUCCCUACAAUUCUCGGGUUAGUGAACAACUAUGUUAGAGUUUGAGCCCUGAAAAGUGAAUUGUGUUGACUUUAGAACUAGCUUGUUGUAACAGGACUUCACCAGCACCAAAGCCCUGUGGACUAAAACAGUGAAAAUGGCGAAAUUAUUGCAAGGGAAUACCAUUACUGGAGAAUACAGCCGUUCGCCUGGUUCAGACGAAUCCCUUUGUCUGAAAAUAGGUGGCCGCCAUUUCGGGACUUUACACGUGUUCGCGGCCAUCUUACGCACGAACGGCGGUGUUUGCCUGUGAACUCAUGGAACUAAAAACGGAUGCGCAAACAGGCGAACGCCGCUGAGACCUCCAGGAGCUCGUAAGUUCGUGCUGAAACUACCGAACGACCGGCCGUUCGGUAGUUUUGUUUAAGCAUGCAUGGGGAUUCAGGCGAACGGCAGGAUUACUGUGGAGGGCAAGGGGUUCGUGGGGUUUUUAUUCACGAACGGGGACCGACCGCAAGGCCAAAACUUGUGGAACUCUUUUCGGCUGAAAAUCCUGUGCGGUCGGUCAAAACUUCAAAGACCCAUAACUCCCGAACCCCACAACCGAAUGACGUGAAAUUUGAAUAUGUUAUUCCCCUGAGUGGUAGCUAUUAAGCGGUGCUGGACUUAAAGGUGUACCCCCUGUUUUUGGGGUACAUCCAGAAUGUGGGUAAAUUUAUGUACGUUAUAAUUAUGUUAUAUGUUUAUCUGAGGGGAGGAGACGUGGGGGUGUUACCCUGUGUGUAAUUGGUUAUUUUCAUCCUCCCCCUGGGAGUGUCCUGUGUGUACUUGUUCCUAAUAAAAAGCAGGCUGGUUCUCCCAGACCUCAGAUCUUCUUGACCCUGCAAAACGUAGCCUUGUCUCGUUCUUGGAAGGGGAUUAUUUGGGAAUGUUAUUCUGCUCCUGCUACAGCUGAACCUGACUUUUACUCUGGAUAUCGUGAAUGGGAUUAUACCAGCUUACUUCUCCACAGCAACUUGCAGGGGAAAAGGACGUCUCCAACGGCCGAUACCCUCUCUCUACCAGGGUAGCCGUUACACUUGUAUAAUUAGAUUUACAUGAAAUUUAAUUCAAAAGUCAGUCUGGAUACAGUUUCUAGUUCGACCUUGUUGGGAACAUUUUACAGCUUUGUUAUAUCGUAUUGUGAUUUGCAGGUUGAUUAUCAAAUUACUGUGUAGUUAAUAGAGCAAUUAAACUUUUCAUCACAACAAGGUGAUCCAACCAUAAUGAUGCACAGGCUUGUAGAAACCUCUUUAGUGGAGUUUUCUUUCUAAAAAUGGCACUAUAAUUUUAAUUAGUGGGGUAAGAGCUACUUGAUACAUUCGUAGAUCAAGAAGAAUUCUUCCCUAGUUUGUUGCAAAAUUAGAAGCAAUUUUUAAAAACAUUUUUUUUCAAGAUAUGGCUGGAAAGUGUGAGUGCUUCAAUUAUAUAAUCUGAAAAUUUCUAAAUCAAUGCGUAUAUUAAGUACUAGAUUUUAAGCAAAACCUCUUAAAGAAGUAGUCAUUUAAAAUAUUACCCGAUUAACUAAUUAUUUUACUAUCUCUAUUUUUUAGCAUUUUUAUUUAUAAGUUGAUUUUGAUUCCAUAGUCACAGAGGGUAAUAAAGAUAAGGAAAUACAUAUACAGUCUCUUAAUCGUUUUUCAAAGUAUUCUGUUUGCAAUAAAUAAUAACGUUUGCCAAUGUAACCAAUGGGUUGCAACCUUCUUUAAAGAAUGUGGCGCUUCACACAUUAAUGUUCUCCUCUGCUCCCACAACCCCAUCCCAGUGUUGUAAAGGGUUAAAAAAAACCUCAUGCAGAGUGUGAUUACUUCCAGCAUCGUUUCACAGAAUCAAACUCCAUGAAGUGCCUCUAGUUGCUUUCUGGUAGACAACCACUAGAGGCAGUCUUAGCACUGCAUGAAACAUUAUAGUUACUCAAAAACUGCAAUGUUUUACAAUAAAGGACUAAGGGUAGAAGGGGCACUGAACAGACCACUUCAAUGAGAUGAAGUGGUAUUGGUGCCUAUAGUGUCCCUUUAACACAUCAUUAGUUGCGGUGAGAGUUUUAUUUACCAAGCUUCUAACUUUAUUAAUUAUUAACUUUUCAGGUCAUUCUCUCUCCUGUGUGGAAUGUGUGAGUUCCUCCGGUACAACAUGCUUAGGAACCACCACAACCUGCAGCAAUGGAAGUGUCUGUGGAUCUCAGUACACAGUGGGUAAAGUAGGUAUGUUGUGAUGGCUUCAAGCAAGCAUGUGACGUAAAAAAAAUAUUUAGUUUAAAGUAAAACUAUUGCCUGGAAAGCAAGAACUGUUUUACUUAUUUUGGUGUAGAAGAAAACAUAGUUAGACAUGUAUUUUUAAGCUAGGAUUAACAAACAAAAAUGAACAACAAAUUUCUGUAUAGUAUGCUAACACAACAAUUGUUGUGUACAUUUUCAACAGUUCAUUUUUAUUUAUUUUUUUACCUUUUUUUGUUAUUGAGAGUAGACAAGAUAAAAUAAAUGAAAAUUUUCAUGUUGCUUAAGGGUAGAAUCUCAGUGCCAUUAAUAUAUAGAAAGAAUAUUUGUAUGUUAGUACAGUGUCUCAGUAUGAUUGCUUGCUUACUAAAAUCAGGUAUCUGAACAACACAGAACAUGGAUGUGUAAUAUUGUAAAUUAAUGUGUUUGUUUGGAAAGGGGUUAUAUUUAUAUAUACACAUGUAUUUUGGAUCUGUGCUGCCCUAGACAUAACAGAAGUCAAGCACCCCCUAAUUUAAAUUUGCCCCACCCUUCUUCUCAAGGCCACACCUCUCCCUGACACAUUGACUGACAGACACACUGAGAGGCAUACACAAUCACUCAGACACACACAUACACACAUUCACUGACAGACAGACACACACUCACUCACUGACACACACACAAUCACUCAGACACACACCUACUCACAGACACACACUCAUAGACACACAGGCUCCCUCACAGACACACUGGCAGACAUAUACUCACUCAUAAACACUCACUCACAGACAUACAUACAUUCACUGACAGACAGACACAUUAACAGAUAUACAAACAGACACACUAACAGACACACACUCAUUGUGUUGGGCUGUUGGCCGGGCUGUUAGCUGAGUACCAGGCGGGCGGUGAGGGAGGCUUCUUAGCCUUAUGGCAAAUACAGGAAUAUAUAUAUAUAUAUAUAUAUAUAUAUAUAUAUUUUUUUUAUUUUUUAUUUUUUUUAAGCAUGUUAUGUUGUAUUGUCUUUCAAAUUAAUCAGCAAUUUUUAAAUCAUUACUAUAAAAUGUUUAUGUUUUUAUUUGCUGGGAUUUCCCAAGAUACAUCUGAUGGUCUAUCCCUAAUUAUAAUGUUCUAGCUUCUAUAUUAUUUAAAAUGUUAAAGGGACACUAUAGUCACCAGAAAAACUACAGCUUAAUGUAGUUGUUCUGGUGAGUAUAAUGAAUCCCUUCAGGCAUUUUCAUGUAAACACUGCCUUUUCAGAGAAAGGGCAGUGCUUACAGUGCUUACAUUGCCCCUAAGGACACCUCCAAGCGGCCACUCCUCAGAUGGCCACUGGAGAAGCUUCUUGGCUCAGGGCGGCACAGUAAGUAGCCCUGCUGUUCAGCGUCUGCAUGGAGACGCUGAAUAGAGAUUCAAUGCAUCUCUAUGAGGAGGUGCUGAUUGGCCAAAACUGUUUGGCCCCGCCCCCUUGCUGAAUUGUAGCCAAUCCAAUGCUUUCCCCGGGGGCUAAAAAUCUGCAAUUCUGAUGAUGUCACCAGCGCCGGCAGACCCGUGGAGAGCUGAGAAUAAGGUGAGUUUUAACCCAUUCUGAGGGGGCUAAGGGAGGGGGGGAAGCCACCUAAAUUGUGGGGGUUUUUUUGUUUUUUUUUAACUAUAGGGCCAGGCAUACAUGUUAGUGUUCCUAACCCUAUAGUGAUCCUUUAAGGUUUAACUAAUAACUUACAGUCAGUUUGCAGCCAAAAUUUAUACAAAACAGUUGAUUUAAAUAUUUUUGGGAAAAUGGGAUGUUGGUUUUUUUACCAAUAAAUUUGGUAACAACUUACAAACAACUUUACCAGUUAAUUGGUUAUUGGGAGUUAGUCUGUAAAAAUAAGUGUGGAUAAUACUGACCUGAUAAAGAGUUUGCUACGGUUAUUAACCAAUAUGGUGGUUAGCCUAUCUGGAUUUCAUAAAACGUAAUUGAUGCUGCAGGUCUGUAAAAGAGUGGCUAAUUGUGCCCUGGCUUUAAAGCAUUGUAUGUUGGGUUCUACUGAUUUAGUAAAUUUCAAAUAUGUUUCUUAUUAGGAAAGAUAUUAGAACAGAAUACCAAACCAGCUAUUUCAAAUCUAAUUAACAUGCUCUACAGCCUUAACUAUAGUCUAUAGUCACUAUAGAUCAAUUUCUCCUGCUAUACCUAAUACAAGUUCAUCUAUUCUCUUUUUCACACAUUAUCUGCUGUAAGUGAGUGGCCAACCAUUUAUCGUACUGGUUAACUGGUCCCAUAAAGUUAAUUUCAAGUGAAUAUCUCCACAUAUACGCAUAUUAAUUGCAAUAUGUGCAUAUACGGACACUUAUGUUGGCUAAGUAAACCAUAUUAACUUGCAAAUAGAGAAUGGACCUAACAUUACUCAGUUAGAAAUAAUUCCUUUUACAACACUUAGCUCCCUUUUACUCUUUAUGAUUAUGUUCUUUAAUGGCCUUCUAAGAGUCUGUUUUGGAAACAAAUAGAUCCUACAAAUUUAACCACUCGGCUGAGAAUAUUUUUCCAUUUUGGAUAAAUAACAGAGUUACUUUUGCAACUCCCAGUAUAGGAUUUUAUGAGAAGGUUAUCUACACACGCCCUCUACUGGUUACAAUGCAAACAUUAUAUAAAUGGAAUUUAGGAGAGUUAGUUAUUAAAGCAUGUAUUCUGCCGUUUUCUUUUUAUGGUACAUGUAUGAUAUGUCGCAUUGAUACUAGUUCUAUUACACUUUUUUUUUAUAUACAUAUUAACACUAUAUUUUUAUUUUCUUUUGUUUAUUAGAAUUCAAAUAGUCUAAAACAGUUGAUUGAGUAGCAUAAAAGCACCAGGCACAGGGGAGGCAUGGUAAUAUUCUGCUACUCUUAACCCCUUCUAAACCAAGCAGUUUGCAAAAAAAACCCGCCAGAAUCCGAAUAUUCUGGGUGUCCUGGAAAGUGCUGUCUAAAUGUAUUUUUCAUUUCAGUACACAUAGAUAGCACGUUGAUAGGACCAAUGUGAUAGCGAAAGCUUGAUGUGGGUGCCUGAGUAUUGAGGUUCUUUAAUGCUGCUAAAUUCAUGUGCCAUUAUACGGUUAUGGAAAACAUUCUGUCCCUUCAUAAAAAAAAAAUUAUGUUUGAUUUUCUGUUGAGCAAAUUAUAUUUUAUUGUGUUUGUUGAGAACUAAUAUAUAUAUUUUUUUUAUUUCUUUUAAUUAAACAGGGUCGGUAACCACAACUUUAUUUGUCAAAGCAUGUGUUUUUCAAGACCAAUGUAGUAUGAAUGGCAGCAUUACCUUUAAUGAAGGAAGUACUAGGACUGGGAUCUCUUGUUGUAAUACUGACAAUUGUACUCCACCUGUCCCGUCAUGUAAGUAAAACAAGCCAUUGAAAAUGUGCUAAGAGCAAGAUUUAAAUCUAUGUGCCUCUAAACUCAAUUGCUGAAGGAACUCCACUACAUCUUGUGAAAUAAUUUUUUUUUUUUUUAAAGUUACAAUUCAAUCAAAGUCUAGUUAUUGCAAUGUAUAUAGUUACAAUGGGGUGCUCAAUUAUCCUUUUGUCAUUGGUAUAUUGAGGGAAUAACCCUGGGCAGGGCCGCCAUCAGAAAUUGUGGGCCCCCUAACACAGCUCAAGGUCUGGGCCCCUGGGUGCCCGCCUCCAAAUCCCACCCACAGGAAUACACACACACACACACACAGACACAAAAGGACACACACAUACUAACAGACACAAAUACUGAAACAGACACACACAUUCUCUGACACACACUGACAUACAUACAUACAUACUCCCAUACUGACACACACACACAUACAAACAAACAGACAUACAUACAUACAUACACAUAAAUACAUACAUAAUAGCAUUCUUACUGAUAUACUUACAUACAUACAUACAGACAUACACACACACACACACACACACACACACACAUAGAUAUAUACAUACACAGAUGCAUACAGGCAUACACAGACAUACAUACUGAUAGAUAUAUACAUGCAUACACACACUGACAUACACACACACUGACAAACAGACAUAUACAUACUGACAUACACACGCAUACAGAUAGACAUAUACACACAGACAUACUGACAUACACACAGACAUACAUGCAUACUGACAUACAUACAGACAAUUAUACAUACUGACAUACACACACAUACAUACAGACAUACUGGCAUACACACACACAGACAUACAUGCAUACUGACAUACACACACACAUAUAUACUGACAGACAUAUAUACAUACUGACAUACACACACACAUACAGAUAGAUAGACACAUACAUACAGACAUACACCUCAUUUAUCAGCCACCCUCCUCUUACCUUCAAAUUGCAGGAGGGUGGCUGGGGAUGAUGGGAACGUAUGCCUCUGGGGUGGUGUCCUCUCCUGUCCUUUCCUCUCCUCUCCCUCUCCCCCCGCGCGGAGAAAGCUGGGCGGAAGUGACCGGCCGUCACUUCCUCCCAGCAGCACUUGUGGUGUAGCCGCAAUUUAUUUUAAAGGGGCCCGGUCACGCAAUUACACGCCCGCAGUGCUGAUCAGGCCCCUGAAGAUAUAGGGCCCAUCAGGUGGCCUUAAAUUCUUGGGCUACCUGAUGGGCCCCGAUGGGCAGAUGUACCUGCAGCAGUUUCGCCGCUCCACGUGGGGCCCGGGGGCCGUUUUGGUUGUCAUCCCCUGAUGGCGGCCCUGACCCUGGGUGUAAGAAUAUAAGGUAAAGGGUUGCCCUGACACAAAUUUAAAACUUAAAGAAGCUCUAAUAAUCUAAUUGAUACUACAAAUCAAUCAACGUUUAAAUUUCUCCUAAGGAAAAGCAACAGUGGAUAUACUGCUGCAAUAUACAACUUAACCUAAUCGUGCAUAUCAAUAAUAUGUACACUUUUAUUAUUUUUAUUGGUAUUUAUAUAGCGCCAGCAUAUUCCAUAGUGCUUUACAAUAUUAUCAAAGGGGAAGAUUUAACAAUAAAUAAGACAAUUACAAAAACUUACAGGAGCAAUAGGUUGAAGAGGAUCCUGCUAUUACAGUCAAUAGGUGGUAGAGAUGGAGUAUAAAACACAAUAGGAAAUAGCAAUAAAACAAGGUGGAGUGAAGCAGAGCUGGAGGAGAGAGUAGAGGUUACUCUGGGAGGCCAUACGUUUUCCUGAAGAGAUGGGAUUUGAGGUGCUUUUUAAAUGAUUGAAAACUAUGGGAGAGUCUGAUCAUGGUAGGCAGGCAAUUCCAAAGGAAAGGAGCCGCCCGCAAGAAGUCCUGCAAGUGUGAGUUUACCGUACAGGUGUGAGCAGCAGACACAAGAAGGUCAUGGACAGAGCGGAAAGACAGAGAAGGGGCAUACCUAUGGAUCAGUGAAGAGAUAUAAGAGGGGCUAUAAUUGUUCUGUGCUUUAUAGGUGUGCAUUAGUACCUUGAAUUGACUCCUAUAGGAUACAGGAAGCCAAUGUACGGACUGACAGGGGAGAGGUGAGAGAGGAGCGACAGGAGAGGAAAAUCAGUCUAGUGGCAGCAUUCAUUACAUACUGUAGCAAGGCAAUACGAUAUCUGUGAAGACCAAUUAGGAGAGUGUUACAAUAAUCUAUGAGAGAGAUUACUAGACCAUGGGCAAGCUUCUUAGUAGCAUCUUGCAUUAGAAAGGGGCAUAUGCGGGCUAUGUUUUUAAGGUGAAAUUUACAGGAUAUGGUAACAAACUGGAUGUGAGGCUCAAAGGUGAGGCCAGAAUCAAGUAUUACACCAAAACAGCGCGCUUGCAAGGAUGGACUCAUGUGGACAGGGGCGGACUGAGCACUCGGGCAAAUCGGUCAUGGACCGAGGGCCCGAGGCUCUGGGGGGCCCGCCCCUGCUGCAGUGCAGUAAUGGCUGAGCUGGGGAGUAAAACAAUCUCCCCAUCCAGCCUGCACUCAGUAAGGGGCCCACACAGCCUUCCGCGGGCCCCUGCUGCUAAAAAUAUAAUCCCCCUUGCAGGGCACACUGAGGGACAGCUAAGGGGCCUUCCAAAGACCCCACUAGGCUGCCCUCAGUGUGCCUGUCUCACUGAACACAGCCUCACUGAGCUGCCUGUAACUGCUCAGGGCAGCUCCGUGCAGCUUGUUCUGCAGGAAGUGACAUCAGCAGUCACAGUGCAGAGUGAGGAGCUCCCCUGAGCAGAGUUACAGGCAGCAUGUCAGCAUUGUGUGCCCUCCUUCAGAAGAGGACCACCAGAGAGGUAAGGUUUGGGAGGGGGGCUUUAUUUUAUUUUUUAAAUUAAAAUGUUUUAUUAUAUAAUUUCCCCCACUACUGCCCCAUCAGAGCCCAUACCCCCCUUACUCCCAGUGCAUCCCCUACCUCCCUGCUCCCACUGCAUCCCCUACCCCCUCCCACUGCAACCCCUACCCCCCACUGCAUCUCCUACCCCCAUUGCUCCACUGCAUCCCUACCUCCCACUGGCUGUGGGUCCCCAGUACCUCCCUUGCUCUGCACUGUAUCCUCCCUCCCACUUUAAAUCUCUACCCCACUGCAUCUCCUACUCCCUGCAUCCCACUCCCACUGCAUCCUCACUCCUUUGCUCCCACUGCAUCCCUCCCACCUCCCACUGCAUCCCUAGCUCCUCCCACUGCAUCCCUACCCCUGCUCCCAGUGCAUCCUCCCACUACAUAUCCUACCUCCCACUGUAUCCCUGCCUCUACUGUGAAUCUCGCUCUCACUGCACCCCUACCUCUGCCUCCCACUGUGACGCUUCUACGCUUCCCAGUGUAUCCCACCCCUGCUCCCAGUGUAUCUCCGUACUCCCUUGCUCCCAGUGCAUCCUUCCUGCACACCCUGCUCCCACUGCAUCCCUACUCCCCACUGCAUCCCUACCCCUGCUCCCUAGUGCAUCCUCUACCUCCUGCUCCUAGUGUAUCCCUACCUCUGCUCCUCAGUGCAUCCUACUCCCUCUCUGCUUCCCACCGUGAUCCCUAUCCCUCAUUGCAUCCCCUGCCUCUGCUCCACUGCAUCCCUGCUCCUAGUGGUUCCCUGCCUCUGCCUCCCAGUGUAUCCCCGCCUCUGCUCCUGUGCACCCCACCGCUUCCACCAGAUCCCCUAUCCUCUGCUUCCACCGCAUCCCUAUCCCCAUUGGCCCUCAUCCCCAUUGCAUCCCCUACCCCUUGCUCCUAGUGCAUCCUCUGCUCCUAGUGCAUCUCUGCUCCCAGUGUAUCCUGCCCCAGUGUAUCCUCUAAUUUCUGCUCCCAGUGCAUCCCCACUUCUGUUCCUACCAUCUCCCACUUCUGUUUCCUACUCGUUGCAGCUCUCAAUUUCCUCUGUAUCCUAUACCCCUGCUUCCCUGUAUUCCAUACCCCUGCAGCUCCCUACUCCCUGCCCUCUGUGGCUCCCUACCUCUGCUCCCACUGCAGCCCCAACCUCUGCUCCUACCUCGCAGCCCCAACCCCCCUGCUCCCACUGCAGCCCCAACCCCCCUGCUCCCACUGCAGCCCACACCCCCUACAGCCCCUACCCCCUACAGCUCCUAUCUCCCUGCUCCCUCUGCAGCCCCUACCUCCCUGCUCCCACUGCAGCUUUUACCUGCUGCUCCCACUGCAGCUCCUACCCCCUGCACUGUGCGCAAUAGUAGGGUUUUGCUUUUGGUAGUGGCUAGUGGGCUACCCAACUGCUCCCACUGCAUCUCCUAUUACCCUUUGCACCCACUACAGUCUGUCCCUCCUCUGCACCUACUACAGCCUCUAAUCCACCCUAUUCCCCCGUAUCCUCUACAGUCCCUCCCCUGCAGCCCCUUCCACUCGCACCCUUUACAGCCCCUUCCUUUCGGCACCCUCUGCAGUCCCUACCCCUUUGCACGCACAAACAUAAAGGGACACUAUAGUUACCAGAACAACUACAGCUUAAUUUAUAUUAUACAGCUUAAUGUAUAGUAACAGCUUAAUGUUUAUUAUAUAGCUUAAUGUAGUUGUUCUGGUGAGGAUAGUAUACUACUGCAGGGUUUUUGCUGUAAAGACUGCCUUUUCAGAGAAAAUGCAGUGUUUACAUUGCUUCCUAGGAACACCUAGGCGCUUCCUGUGUCAGUAUUGCAAAAUGUGCAGCACUGACAUUCAGCAUCUCCAUGAUCUGCAUGUCGACGCUGAACGCUUGUCAUAGAGAAGCACUGAUUCAAUGCAUCUCUAUGAUGGUGAUUGGCACAGCGUUUUGCUGUGCGUGCACAAUAGCCUUCUAGUGCUUUCCUAUGGUAGAGCAUUGGGUUGGCUGAGAUCAUCUAAAUUGAUGAACUCUGCCAAGGAGUUUGGUCGGUGCUGGGAAACAGGUGAGUAAAUCGCAUUUUUAAGGGGGGAAUACACAUUUGUAUUCCUGACACUAUAGUGUUCCUUUAAAGGGACACUCCAGGCACCCAGACCACUUCUGCCCAUUGGAGUGGUCUGGGUGCCAACUCCCACUACCCUUAACCCUGCAAGUGUAGUCAUUGCAGUUUUUAUAAACUGCAAUAAUUACCUUGCAGGGUUAACUCUUCCUCUAGUGGCUGUAUACUAGACAGCCACCAGAGGGCACUUCCUGGUCUAUAGCACAGGAUUUCUGUGCUAUAGUGUCGCUGGACGUCCUCACGCUGUGUGAGGACCUCCAGCGUCGCUAAAAUUCCCAUAGGAAAGCAUUGAAAAGCAUUUUCAAUGCUUUCCUAUGCAGAGGUCUAAUGCGCCUGCGCGGCAUUGCCGCGCAUGCGUAUUAGGUCUCCCCCGACGGCUGACGUGACUGAAGGGGUUUUCACCCCUUCAGCAACCGGGGAUGGAAGGUGGGAGGGAGAGGGGACCUGCAGUGCCAGGAAAACGGAUUGUUUUCCUGGCACUGGAGAGUCCCUUUAAGGUGGCUCGUAACAUUUAACACUUGGUUUCACAAAUACUCCCUUUUACAUACUGCCAUGCUACACAAACACACACAAAAAAUACUACCCUAUUCACAAAACCAAAAACAUGUAUUCAAAUAUACUAAUAAUCCACAUAUCCUGACACUACACACAAAGACAUACAUAUAUUCACUUACACUAGCGCUCACAGUGAAUAUACACACAGAAACAUGCAUUCACUUUACAUGUACAUACAAUCAAAUAUACGGUACACCUAUACCAGCAUAUAUAUCGGUCUGCUGGGGGCCCAGGUGCUAAUUUUGCCCGGGGGCCCAGGCCACUGUCAGUCCGUCCCUGCAUGUGGAUACCACUAACUUGAAGGGAGAGCGAGAGAGGCGGAUCAAUAAUAGUUGGAGGAAAGACAAGAAGUUCAGUUUUAGAGAGAUUGAGUUUCAGAAAGCGGGAGGGCAGGAAAGGCAAGCAGUGACACGUUGCAGAAUGGCAGGGGAAAGGUCCAGGGAGCAGAUAUAUAUCUGAGCAAACUCGUUAGAAAUGAGUGUAUCCAACAUUGGGGGCAACAUGGCCAGCUGCCAAAAAGCUGCUCUGAUUAAUAGAAGCAGAAUCUGUACAUACUUUCCUUUUUUCACUAUUUUUUUAACUUUUUCGUUUUGUUCACUGUAUUAAUUUAUGUAAAUAAACAUUUGUUAAAAACACUUCUUUUAAUAUCAGAGUGAGUAAAUGUUACGUUUUAAAUUUGUGUCAGGGCAACCCUUCUUUACCUUAUAAUCUAGUUAGUGCAGCCUCCAACUGCUGAUUUUUGUCAUUUUUUUUUAUCAAAUGGUUACUCGAGCCUCUACGACCACUUUGCUGUAGGAAGUAUACAUGAAACGUUGCACAUAUAGAGAUAUCUGUAAUGGUGUUCCGGGAGCUGGUUGCACCCCGGCAUGCAUGACUUAGGCCACCAGAACUCAAAAAUUAGGUCAGACAUUAGCGCUCAUUGUAUGCUGACAAACAUCAGCUUUUACCCUUGCAUGCAGCAUUCUAAGUGUUCCUGCAAGAGCAAGUUUGUAUGUCCCCACACCCUGCCAUCUCUGCUUCCCUAUAUUCAGAUUUGUUUAUUUUUAACUCUUUUUUUAAUUAAAAAAACCGUGUCCACCCCACACUGCCUACUUUCUAGCCUCAGCUCAGAGAGCAUGGAUUUGCUCUGAGCCUGUAGAUUGGUCCAAUGACGUACUUCAGAAGGGACAUGUUGUUAUGACGGACAGGGCAUGGAAGAACCUCGUCAGGCACUGGAUUCCCAGUAAGUUUAUUCUUAUUUUAAAUGUUUUUAUAAAUAAAAAAUGAGAUGGACUGGACGGGGCCUGACCAUCAUGGCGGAGAGUCGUGUACUCCACGAGCUCCCACAAAAUCCUGACAAAAAAGUUAAAAUCGGCUCACCCAAGUGCAACAAACAGCAUUGCCAGACACCCACUUGCCACCCCCGAUGUAGGGCACACUAGUGAUCUUAAGCAACUUGAUUGGGGCCAACUGAAAACACAACCGACAAUGCGGCCUGGUAUGCAUCAGGCGAGGGAGGUGGCCGCUCCCCUGUCCUGGAGGCACCCUGAAGCUGCUCACAGCACACUGCACGAACACCAGGCAAAGACCAACUCCGCGCUCCCAGACAAUACUGUCAGAAGAGUCACACAUCGCAGCGACACCCACAGCCGCGGAGAGGACUCUGUGGACCUAGACCGGUUCGCGGACCAUGCUACCCGACGGCAGACAGGGAGUGGAGGUGCGGAGAACUUCGGAGCCCAGGGCACACAGACAAGCAGAAGGGUGCACUGACAAUACUCACCUCGCCUAAGAACAGAGUGACACUAGUCCGCGGGUGGAGAUGACUUGGCACAGGGCCCAAAAUGGCGGCAACACCAGGUCAGUCAACUCAUGACCCACAACCACUACACGGGGCGCCUCCUGAGCACACAACGCAACCAAGACCCACAAAGGCCCCCGAACGGGACUGUGGUAUACCUCUUGCGGGGGUUUACUGACGGGACUCUUGAAACCACAGAUGAGUCAACCACCCCUUGCCUCAUAUAGUCUCUAUCUGCAAAUAUUGAAAAUGUAUUGUUUCUCCAUGACAUUUGGUGUUACUUUUAUACCCUUAUGCUCUUGAGUUAUGCUUUACAAUGAACUGUUUUGACCACUUCUUGCUAGCGAUGAGGACACACCUCACUAAAGCCACCAAGACCGGGGCCCUCCCUACCCCUUAGCUAUGCCCAUGACUGUUUACUGUAACAGGCUUUUCUGUGGCAAUCCAAGAGCUGCGCUGGUACCUGAGAACAUAGCAAUUCUCAAUACAUCUUAGUUUCUCUCCUCAUAGUGGUGCAGCAUGCUAUUUCUGUUCAUUUUAUAUCGCCACCCGCCAGAUUGGCAAACCUACUAGCACUACUGAUACUCUCAUGACAUAAUGUUCAUAACCUGUGUAUGUUAGAAAUUUACUAGUACUGUUAACAGAGAGCCUGUUACCUAAUAACCUUUUCAUAGGAUCCAGUGGCAGCAAAUCAUUAUAGUUUUCUAAGAUGAUCCAGCAUGUUUAACUAUUUUAUUUUUAUUUAUUUUUUCUUACAAGGCUUAGCAUACACUUAAUGUCUAUCUGUGAAAUACGCUUCCGUACCUAACUCACCUUAAUGGAUCAGCAUACACCUUCUCGGAUAAUGUUACAGUUAAUCUAAUCUAGGUUAAUAUUGCCUCUGGCUGAAACUACAUUAUUUAAUAUUAUAAAAUGUGCACUGUUCAAGUAUGCCAUACAAUUGUUUCCACACGUUGACUAACUUACAAUAUGUUUAGCCUGUACCUCUUACUUGCAACUAACAAAAAUAAGAAAAAUGUACAUGCAAUCUUGAUUACUCCAAUGUUGUUAUUGUUGAAAAUUAACGUGAGGAAUGCCGUUGGGGUACCUUGCGAAUGUUGUUACAUCUCUCACGAAAAAAAAAAAAAAUUAGAUGGACUGAGAUAAUAGUGCAUUAUGAAAUAAAUUAGAGCUCACUUCCUUAUAACUUGCUACACCAGGGGCUAUUCAAUUAAGGUCCCCAUCUGGGGGAGUCACCUUUUUCCAAAGUCUGAGCUUUCUCCUAAAUUAAAAUAAAUGCCCCUCUCUAUAUUAUAUUGAUACUUAAGUUGGGGGAGCAUCUGGGGCCAGUUAAGGACAGUUUGUUGUAACCAAUGUCUUGAUAGAACUACUUUUGUGGCCAAUAGUAGUUGUAUUAUUAGAUAUAUUUUUGGUAAUGGAAAUCUGGAUCAAUUGAAAUGAAACAGAGCUGUCAUAAAUUUGGGAUCCAAGUUUUCCAGAAAAUGUAUUUUAUGGCCAUAGUUCAUAAAGGUCUGAUCAAUACAAAGUCCCACCAGAUAUGUUUAGAACUACCCACUUCAUGGUAACAUCUCCAAUAUAACUUAUUAGAAUUAAUUUUAUUUUAAAUAUUUAGAGCCAGGUACCAUUGAUGCAGUAUCGUAGAGUUCGAUGAUAUUUAGAUAGUGAAUUGAUUUUUUUCACCUCUGGAUGGAUUUAAACCACAUAUCAGGCUGUGUAAUAUAUCCAAUUUCCUGGUUCCAAUUUUUACAGGCUCUAGGUUUAAGUUCAACCUCCUCAAGAUUCAGAAUAUGAUAGCAAUAUGCUUUGGAUCAAAAUGUAAUUUAAUUUUUAAAUAAAUCCUUUAUUUUUUUAAUUUAAUAAAAUGUUUUUAUCUAUUAUCAAAUGGGAAACCAGAUCAUUUUUUACUCUUACGUAAUUAAAGAUCUCAUUUAGAGGAAGGAUGAUGGACUGCUGUAAUUGCGGGAAAUAUAAUUAUUUUAAACGUGGGGAUUCAAUUUUUGCAAGGAUGCUAUUUCCAGCCCUAUUUUCUAGCCAAAUAAUGGUAGCAAGGUCUUGUUUAUUCCAAAUAGAUACUUUAAUUUUAAACCAGGGAUAUUCUCUUUUAAGUUUCCAUUGUUUCCAUUGUGGUAUAGUUCAGUGAACCAUUCUGAAAAUGUAUGACCACCUUGGUAGGACAUACGAUUUGAUUAUAAUAAUUCUACCGAGCCAAGAGAUACCUGUAUGCUUCCAGGGAUUUAAUAAUGUAUAGCUUGCCUCUUUAUGUAAGAUGUCAAAGUUUUCAUUCACUAUGUCAUUCAUUUUUGAAGAGAAAUUGAUUCCAAAAUAAGUAAAACCUUGCAGGGUCCACAUAGAGGGGUAUUUAGCUGACAAGUACAAGAUCAUGUUGUAUGUAUUCUAGAUUAAUUGGCAUGAUUUAAGAUUUGUUUGUAUUUAUUUAAAAUUUAAAAACAGACUGUAGUUUCUUAUCUCUAGGAUUAAUGCCCCCAGUGAAGACUCUGGCUCUGUGAAGGUUAGAAUUAUAUCGUCCGCGUACAUGAUCAGUAUAUAUUGAAGGGGUGCAAGGGGAUAUCCCUGCCUAGUUCCAUAUUUAUUGUAAACCAGUUUGUGGAGAUGGGAAAAAAUAUAUUUUAAAUCCAUUUUCUAAAAUAUGCAAAAACAUGUUAAAAGAGUUGAAUAGAAUAUAUAUUAUAUUUCAUGGUUUUAUCUUUUUCAUAUAAAGUACCACAACUCAGUACUCAGCAAAAUGGACUGACAUGUCGAUCAUGUAUUUCUGGAACCUCGAACUGGUGUUAUACUUCGGAUACCAUUCAAUGUACCGGCAAUGAGGAUAUGUGUCUUCUGCAAGCUACAACAAUUGCAGGUAAAACAAAUACAAUGGGAAUUUUGGUUGCUUCUCAGCUUUGUAUAAGUUGAUACUUUAAUUCAUCCAAAAUCCAGCCUUUAUCCCACGCACAGGUAAAACAAAUAAGUUAGCAUUUAUAAAUCCAAUGCAAUGAUAAAUGCAAUUCUAAAUUUAGCAUUUAUCAGCAAAUUAGUGGCUGUUGAUGUAACUGUAACAAUGUAUACACAAACACAAUUCUACGUUUUCCUCAAACCUUCACAUUCCACUUUUACUGUUAUCAGACAGGUAAAAAGAGGCUCUGUAUCUUACAUUAAAGAAAAAAUAUAGCGUUAGGGAUAGACACAUGUAUUCCUAAGACUAUAGAGUUUUAGUACCUAUUUAGUUAUCUGGCUCUGCUUAAUUGAAUUAUAUAAAUUAGUUUUACUUAGCUUGUUUCCAGCACUGAGACUCAGUCCUCACAGCUGUCCACCCCACCAUCCAUGUCAUCUUCUUUCCUCUUUGUCCUCUUGCCCAAUACAUUGCUUCUUAUAGCGAAGCAAUGCAGACAAGAAGCGAAUGUCACACUCCCACAAUCAAAUGAUUCUCACAGAGAAUCAUCAGAGGAUGUUAGAUGUCCUCAUUCAAAGUGUGAAGAUGCCAAAUGUCACAAUACUGAGUCUGACUCAGUUGUGCAUCUGGAAGUUCGCUCUAGUGGAUAUCAGGAAAAUAGCUACUAGAGGUGUUUAAAACUGCAAUGUUUAACAUUGAGGGAGAGAUUUAGCACUGUGUGAUCCUCCUUCCAAAGAGGAGUUAUCAUCACUCUAAUAGGACCAUCAAAAACCUAGAAAAUUCAGCAAGACAAAGCACUUGAGAGGGACACAAACAUUUCCCCCCCAAAAAAAGAAAUCAAUAAUUCACUAAAGUCCAAAUGGCCCUCUACCAAAUAGGGAAAAGCUACUUGCUGCUGUACGGGGCAACUCAUUUAAUGCAAUUUAACAAUGUCUGGAUCUUACAAUUCAGGCCUUGAACAGACUUAAUUUGGUUCUUAUUUCAGCCAGACUGCUGGAUAUCUGAACCAAAUGCUGCAAAUCUGCGCUCAAAGGCUUGAAACCCAAACUAUUUGUCCAUGGGCAGUGCUAGCAGUCAGCAGAGAAAUAGCUAAAAAAAAAAAAAAAACUUGACACUGCAAGGGCCUAUCCUGUGGUAGUUGAUCAGUACUGGCUACCCAUCUGCCUUCUGUGUAGGAGGCAAGUCUGACUCCUGUUGGAGCUGUGGGGUAGACCACUAGCGAUCAGACUUGCCUCCUACACAAAAUAAAAGCUUUUGGCACCUGAACUACUCCUGACAUUUAAUCCAAGUAAAGUAGGCAGAAGCUCCUGGUAUGCAGACUGGAACAGAGAAAAAGGUUAAAGAACAGUUCAUUUUUUUUAAAGUGUAAGAAGACCCUACUAUAUUGAAGACUUCAUUCCACACCUGAUUAAGAAUGAUAUUCCCUUACUUUUUGUGAGUUUUCCUCAUUACUAUUGCGGGUCUUUACUUCAGUAUACAUUGAUAAGACUAUGUUCAGUUUGUAUCUCUUAUAGACACCACAGAGUACUCUCUCACAAAACAAGGUUGUAUUAUUAUUCCACUGUGAAUACCUUGGGAAUUUACACUCUGAUCCUUUGCAUUUUCAUGCCUCACUAUUUUUCGGUGUUCCAGAGGGCACACUAUUUAGUAGGUUUGCUAUACAUCUGCUUUCAGUGGUUAUUUUCUUGUAUGUUAUAGCACCCCAGUUCUGACUUGAUAAAUUUACAUAAUAAUUUAUAUUCUAUUUAGAUUGAACAUUCUAUUGUCUAGUAAUUUACAUUUGUCUCUACAAUACAGAAUGGUUUAUUACACAAAGUAUGUUUUUCUCUACAGGACUCAAAACUGCAAUUCGUGGUUGUGCCACAAAAAGUAUAUGUGAUCUUGGGAGCCAGACUGUGACCGAUACUGUCAAGAUUACCUGCACAAGUGGAACUAUUGGGCUGCACUCCAACAUGUUCCUUUCUGCUAUCAUUUCUUUUGUGCUGUUAAAAUGCUACUUUUAGAAUAUGUGUGUAGGACAUUAUCAAUAGCAGAAAUGCUUGUAAAUAUGAAUACCUCCAUACUGAUGAUGUAGAUUAAUUUAGAAAUAAACAAAAAUGUUUAAAAGUCUAUCUGUUCCUGUCCAAAUCUGAGAUGAAUAAAUUGCGUAUACGCAGAAGUAAGUUCACACUGACACAUGCAGUUCAGGUUAAAAACACUUCAGG